AUGAUAUCCUUACCAGCGACGGUAGCUGGUGGAAACAACUUAGUUGCUCUUCCGCUGGAGCUUUUCUUAUCCAUCUUGUCUUUCCUACCUAAUCGCGAUAUCAAGGCUCUGCGCUUAACUGGCUCCUCUAUACGCGAUAGGGCGCGUCUGCGAUUAGACCGGGUAUUUCUAUCAGCUAAUCGACGCAAUAUCGAAGUCUUCCGCGCCAUAGCCAACCAUGAAACUUUCCGCCAGAGGGUCGUCGAGAUUAUUUGGGACGACGCACGCCUGAUUGACUGGCCGCUAGAAGACGCAAUUAAAAUCGGUGGCGAGCUCUACUGUCUCAAAAAUGGAGCUUAUUACGAGAAUAUCACCUGCGGUUGCAAUGAUCUUUGCGACUGCGACACAGCUAGAGGCUGCCCGGCAUGGUUCACUCGCGCAUGUAGAAAAAAUAUAGAGAACCUUACCAAUUACAAGCACUAUGACGUAUACCUACCAGGUCGUGUCCCACGAGCAUAUCAGGUUACAGCACAGCACCCAACUCGGCAGUCAUGGGAAUACUACCAGGGCCUACUACGAAUACAAAAAGCGGUGCUCGCAUCUGGAGCUGAUAUUAGCGCUUUUAGAUUUGGACUCGAGCAGUUUCCAGCUUUACAAAGAAUUACAAUCACUCCAGCUGGACAUGGCUUCUUAUUUGCUCCUUUAUACGAAACUCCUAUGAUUCGGGACUUCCCAUAUGGCUUCAACUACCCAAUCCCGCGCAGCUGGCCGAUUAUGCUCGACGGUAUACCUACAGAGGCUUGUGAAUGGGUUGCUGAUAGUUACGAGAUGCAGAGGAACCAGUGGCGCGGCUUCCAGAUCGUCAUGCGCGCGCUUGCGCAAGCAUGGAACCACCGUAUUACUGAGCUUGUUAUCGACGUUAACCAACUCCCUACCGGCUUGAAUUGUCGCAUUUUUGAUCAGCCAUGCCGCGAAUACGAUGACCUAGUGUUGUUACUCGAGCGGCCUAGCUUCAGCCGCCUCGACCUGUCCCUCCUCGUUGGCGGGCUAGAGCAUGACGACUGGCCAUCCUUCCGCCGCGGCCUUCUCCGCCGUGCCCUAGCUAAGGCAGUAGAUUUACAACAUAUUUCCUUAUGUACCGAUGUUAUCUUUGACCCGGCUGCCGACGCAUCCAUAUCCGAUAGUGGCGGCUCAAUAAAGCACUUUAUCCCCCUCCAGUCUAUCUUUCCAGUCGAGAGGUGGCCGCGGCUCCGUCACUUCGGUCUUUCAGGCUUCUUAGUAAUGCAGACUGACGUGUUGAAGUUGUUAGCGGCGUUACCUCCGACGGUUAGAUCUAUUGAGCUCAAUUUCCUAUACUUCCUCGACGGCGGAGGGGACUACUGUGACCUGCUAGUGCAAAUGCGCGACACUCUAAGUUGGCGUAAUAGAGCUGUGGAAGAGAGGCCCCGUGUGUCGAUUGGGACUGAGGAGAUCUCACUAGUGAGCAACCGUAGAGUCUGGGUGGAUGAUGAGGUGACCGAGUUUCUCUACUAUGACGGUGAGAAUCCAUUCUGGGCUCAGAGUCCGAACAAUAUCUUAAAGAAUAGUGGGAUAGGUAUUGUUAGGGAUGCAUUUGAGCCGGAGUACGAGAGGCCGUAUGUAAACUUGAGCACGCUGAUGAAGCUGGGGUACAAGAAGCAGGAAAAUUUUUAG